AUUUCAACCGCGUUGUGUUUUAUUUUUUCUUUAAAGUGCGCGCUAUAUAAUUAGCAUUGCUGUAGUUUGGUUAGCUUAGCUACCUAGCUUAUGAAUCAGUAAAGCACAGAUUGUUUGUGUGUGUGUGUGUGGGUUCAGGACUGAAAAUCAGAUUUAUUAUUAGUUGAUUAGUUACUAAUUAUUAUUAGGAGUUGAUGGUAUGGCAGAUAGCACCUCAAACACUGUGUACAACAUUUUUAAAUCCAUGGAGUUAGGUCCAUCUGCUUCAUCUGCUGCUGGUACAGCACAGUCCUGGCUCGAGCAGAACUCUAAAUGUCUUGGGUUUUUCUGUGAUGGAAAGUUUGUGAACCCAGCUGGCCGGCAGAAACACAAUUUAAGUGACUCCACGGGUGGGUCUUUGUGCAGCAUCACUGUAGCCGAGGAUGAGGAUACGGCGAGUUGCGCCUCCUCUGCGUCCGCAGGGUUUAAAGCCUGGAGUGAGCUGAGCGCCCAUCGCAGAGCCAAAGUUCUGCUCAGGUUGGCAGGGACAAUUCAGAGAUACAGUCAGUGUCUAACUGAGCUGUGUGACCUGUCCCAGUGUCCCAGUUCUACCGCUGCUCUGGUCAGACUGGCACAGUACUGCGCUGGCUGGGCUCAGCUCAGAGAUACUCUGCUGCCUGGGUGGAACCCGCAAGGGGUCGUAGCUGUGGUGGUUUCAGAUGACUGUUCCUUCUACUCUAUAUGGCAAAAGGUCCUACCAGCUCUAGCUGUGGGCAAUGCUGUCACCGUGGUUGCUGGAGUGAAAAUGGCUCCUCCUGCACUGUUACUGGCCCAGCUCUUCAUGGAGUCAGGAUUCCCUGCUGGGGUGUUAAACGUGGUGACGGGCGACAGCUCGCUGGGUGCUCGAGUGGCUCAGAAUUCCCAGAUCAGCUACCUGACCUACAGUGGUAGCAAACAGGAUGGAGUAGCGCUGGCUCAGCAGACGGCUGGUCGGGGCGUCCCUGUCUCUCUGUCCCUCUGCGUCAGCACAGUGUGUCCUUUCAUCAUCUUCGAGACCGCCGAUAUUGACAGUGCGGUGGAUGCAGCGAUAGAAACGGCUUUUAAAAACAGUAAAGACUGCCAGUGGGUGCUGUGUGUCCAGGAGUCGGUGUAUGAUGGUGUGGCGGCGAAGCUGAAACUGAGGAUGGCCGGAAUGAAGUGUGUUCCUCUGGCCAGGGAGUCAAACAGGAGCCUGGUGGAGGCUGCAGUGCAGGAGGCAGAACAGCAGGGGGCAGUGCUAAUCCAAUCCUGUUCUCCACCCUCCUCCGGAUGUGUGUUUCCCCCUACGGUUUUGUGCAAUGUGGCCCCCUCCUGCCCCUCGGUGGUCUCUCCUCCUCCAGGACCCAUCCUGCCCAUGCUGUCCUUCAGAAGUGCCGCAGAGGGAGUCGUUCUAGGUAACUGGAGCCCUCAUGGUCAGGCCGCGUCUAUCUGGACUGAAGAUUUGACUCUGGCUUUGGAGACUGCUAAGAGUCUGUGUGUAGGAUCAGUGUGGGUGAACAGUCAGUUGGUGACAGAUCCAUCGCUCCCACAGUCUGGACGGAGAGAGAGCGGGAACUGUACCGACGGAGGCCGAGAGGGUUUGUAUCAGUACCUCUGUGCUUCACCUUCGACGUCUAUGCCACAUUCCAUGCCUAGUUCUCUGGACUACACCAAAUUCGGCACUGCUGCAUCCAAAUUCCUGGUACCAGCAGGUUUUGAUCCAACCAGCGUGGCUCGUUCCUGCUCUCAGCUGGUGGGUGGGAAGCUGUGUAAGGCUGAUUCGGGCUCCACUAGGACAGUUCUGGCUCCGGGAGGUGCUGUGCUGGCUCACUGCCCUGAUGGAGGCAGGAAGGAUGUCCGAAAUGCCGUGGAAUCUGCUCUGAAGAUCCAGCCAGGGUGGGUAAAAAAGAGUCCGGCUGCUCGUGCACUUUCCCUCUAUUCAUUUGCUGACAGUCUGGAGAAGAAAAGAAAGGACCUGGCAGCGUCCGUCAGCGUCCAGACAGGCCUGUCUAUGGAGGAAGCCGAGCGAGAAGUAGAGUUUAGCGUCUCCAGGCUUUCUGACUGGGCUGCACACUGUGAUAAGCAAGUUGGACAAAUGCCACUGCUUCCUCAGACUGGCUCGGCCUUCUCCACCCCGGAGGCUUUAGGAAUUAUCGGUGUGGUACUUCCCGAUGCGAAGCCCCUUCUGUCCCUAGUAUCUGUGCUUGGAGCUGCAGUUUCCAUGGGAAAUGCUGUCAUCAUAGUGCCAAGCGAGAAGUACCCUCUCCCAGCUCUGGAUUUCAUUCAGGUUCUCCAGGCGGCUGAUCUUCCCGCUGGUUUGGUCAGUGUGAUCACCGGUGGCAGGGAUCACCUGACCCAAGCGUUGGCCAAUCACAAUGAGAUCCAGGCAGUCUGGUACUGGGGUACAGUGGAGGGUGUCCAAUUUCUCCAGUAUUUUUGCUGCAGCCCUCUGAAGCGACUCUGGCUGCACUGUGAGAAAGAGGAUGAGAAAAAUGAAGGAUACUGGACCCACCCGAGUCCUUCAGUACAGGAGGAAAUGUGGAGGAACGCUGUGGCGUGGAAGAGUGUGUGGAUCCCUACGGCCUAACUACACUAGCUACAGUUAUUGAAAAUAUAGAAAUGUAGGAGAAAGAAAAUCAAAAAAUUAAAAGUAUAAAAUAAAUAAGUUUGUACAUUGAUCGUACAUUCCCUUAAUAUUAUUCUGCAUUCCUAAACUGAUAAGCGUGUUGACUGUGAGGCGUCAAGUACAGGGAAGCUCUUGCGUUAUGCAAAACAGCCCCUUUUCAAGGCCACAAACUGAAGGAAAUAAAGAAGCAAAAGUUUUUGUUCUGCAUGUAACGUCAAAUCUACUUGCUCAUGAUUCUAACCAGUUUAAACCAGUGCCAAGUUUAUUGUGUAACUACCUCACAUGAUUGGUAUGAGCACUCAGGGCUGUUUAUAAAAACAUUCUGUAUAGUAAAAGCUACUCAGUCUACUGUAAAUGAUCUUAUCUGUCAUUUUCAUACUGUUAUAUAAGUGUAUACAGAGAUCUUUUCAGGAACAACAAACAAGUUGGACUUGAAUGUAAAACAAGUCACUUUAUGCAAAAUGUAUCUGCCGUCGUGAUUAAGUCAUAUUCGACAGCUCAAUCAUAUUUGACCGUCAUAUUCUAGUGCUUUAAUCAUUAAAUCUCAUCAUGAGGGCUAGCUCUGGUUCUGCUGGUGUGUAAGCCAGAUUUGUGCAUCAGUACACUUCUUUCCUAACAGUAAGUACUAAGUCUUUCCUAAAACCCUAAAUUGCAGUAAAUUGCACUAACCUUCCAUCUUCCUACAGACAUGAUUGGCAAGUUUAAUAAUGUGUAUGUUUUUUUAUUCCGUUAUCCCACAAGUGGGGCCAGUGGUAGCUCAGUGGUUAAGGAACUGGACUAGUAAACAGAAGGUUGCCGGUUCAAGCCCCGCCACCACCAAGUUGCCACUGUUGGGUCCCUGAGCAAGGCCCUUAACCCUCAAUUGCUCAUCGUGUUCCACUCAUUGUGUAAGUCGCUUUGGAUAAAGGCGUCUGCUAAAUGCUGAAAAUGUAAAUGUAAGUGACCUUUCUUCUUCUUUUUUCUCCUCUCCUCCUUCUUUUUCCAGUAUGGUUCAACAGUAGCCUCGUUUUCUCCAGCAACCAGCUGUUCCAAGCCUGCGUAAAUAAGGAGGCUUGUGCCAAAAAGGGCAUCUGGCAUAAAACAUCUUCACUGUAGGUCUUCACACUGAGAAAUUAGACUGAUUCAUGUGAACAAAAAACAUUAAUCAUCUGAUUUCUUGUACCCACUUGCUCUUAGUGUUGUAUUAGUACCAGAAUUGGCCUUUCAGCGUUUUGGUAAUAUCUGUUUAGAAUGGGAUUGGAACAUCCCUUUAAGACCUAAACAAGUGUAAGAAGUACUAACGGGUUGAGUUAAAUAAAUAAAACGGUUACAGCAACAGUG